UUAGAGCAGCUACUCAACAAGGCAAACAUCAGCUCCGUACGAAGACCACUUUUACCAGUCUGCAUCCAACAUCCACCGGGAUUAAACGAACAACCGUCAUUUUUUUCCACAUAAAUGUUCCUAUGGAUUACUAAUACACCUUUGUCGAAGCGCAGACGUGUUUCUCAGCUUGACAGCAAAGCCUCGGAUUCCUUACACUGGUCACCUAGAGGACUCAUAGAGAGAUGAAGACUCUAGAGGAGCCCCCCUACCUAACAGUAGGGACGGACGUGAGCGCCAAGUACAGAGGGGCUUUCUGUGAAGCCAAGAUUAAGACCGCCAAGAGGCUUGUCAAGGCCAAGGUGACCUUUAAACCAGAUCUGUCUACAGCUGAGGUUCACGAUGAAAACAUCAAAGGACCUCUGAAGGUGGGUGCUGUUGUUGAAGUGAAGAAUCCGGACGGCGUUUACCAGGAGGCCACAAUAAAUAAGCUGACUGAUGCCAGUAUUUAUACAGUCGUUUUUGAUGACGGUGACGAGAAGACCCUGAGGCGUUCUUCUCUCUGCCUGAAAGGAGCACGUCACUUUGCAGAAAGCGAGACACUCGACAGACUCCCCCUCACCAACCCUGAGCACUUCGGCACACCGGUCAUUGGCAAGAAGGGCAACCGUGGCCGGCGAUCAAAUCCUAUUCAAGAGGAGGAGUUGUCCUCCUCCUCCAGUGAAGAAGAGGAGAGCGACCAGCGGCAGAAUGAAGAUCUGUUUGGCAAAGUGGUCUGUGUGGAGGGAGCUGCCGCUGGCGAUAAAAAGAAGACCACAUGGUAUCCUGCUCUGGUCAUCUCCCCAGACUGCCAUGAAGACAUGACGGUGAAGAAGGACAACGUCUUCGUACGCUCUUUCAAGGAUGGAAAAUUCUACAUGGUGCUCCGGAAGGACGUCAACGAGAUGAACAGCGAGAUUCCUCCAAAAUCCGACGCAGGGCUUAAACCAGCAUUGGAUGCAGCGCUGGAGUUCCAGCAGAAACAGGUUAUACCCAGCUCCUGGAAGACAGAAGUAAAAGAGGAGAGCUCCAGCAGCGAGGAGGAUGAGGAGGAUGAGGAAGACGAGCAGGAAGAAGACGCCAGCGGGGAAGAGGAGGAGGAGGAGGUGGAGCCAUUCCCAGAGGAGAGGGAGAACUUUCUGCAGCAGCUCUACAAGUUCAUGGAAGAUAGAGGAACCCCCAUCAACAAGCGACCUGUUCUUGGCUACAGGAACCUGAACCUCUUCAAGCUCUACAGGCUGGUUCACAAGCUAGGUGGCUUUGACAACAUUGAAAGCGGCUCUGUUUGGAAGCAGGUCUACCAGGAUCUGGGCAUCCCGGUGCUCAACUCAGCUGCUGGCUACAAUGUCAAAUGUGCUUACCGCAAGUAUCUCUAUGGAUUUGAGGAAUACUGCACCUCCACUGCCAUCACAUUCAAGAUGGACCUGCCUUUGAAGCAGGGUCCUAAGAAGGAGGGGAAGUCUGAAGACGAGGCGGGAAGAACAGCUCCCACAUCCACCAUCUCAGAAGACCAGAAAACCCAGAUGGAAGAGGUUUGCACUCCAUCAUCUGUUCACUGCGAGGAAGAAAAAAUUGACUUAACCGAAAUCAAAUCGGAGUGCGAACCAUCCAAAACGGAGGGAAAGGACAGCAGAAAGGACGACGACAACGAAGAAGAAGAAGGAGGUGCUUCGAAGGCGGAUGCAGAUGAAGGCUCAUCCACGUCUCGCCUCGGAGGUGAUAACAUGACAAUGGAGCUGGAAGACGGGCAGGAGAGCCAGGAUAACUCCGGGGAUGACAGCAGUCAGGAGGGGGAGGAAGGGGAGGAGUUUGAGUGUUACCCCCCGGGGAUGAAGGUGCAGGUGAGGUAUGGGCGAGGCCGCACUCUGAAGACGUACGAGGCCACUGUGAAAGAGGCAGACGUGGAGGGGGGAGAGGUGCUCUACCUGGUGCACUACUGUGGCUGGAACAUCAGAUAUGAUGAAUGGAUCAAAGCAGACAAGAUCGUUCGCCCAGCAAAUAAGAACGUCCCAAAAAUAAAGCACCGCAAAAAAAUAAAGAACAAAGCCGAGAGGGAGCGAGACAGGCUGGAGAGGCUCGGUGACAGAGAAGUCCUCGGCCCGAACCGGGUCCAGCGCUCCAAAUGUGGCCUGAGUCAGGACGUCUUUUCCAAAAUGAACGAGGGUGAGGAUAAAGGGACUCAGCAGUCUCCAGUCAAGUCAAUAGAAAUUACAUCUAUCCUCAAUGGAUUGCAAGCUUCCGAGAUGUCCACAGAUGAGAGCGAGCGCGAGGACGAGGAGCAUGAGAACAACGAAGAGGAUCAACCCAGCGGCAGCGUCAGACGAGGUCUGACAGAGCCGCCCCAAACAUCUGAGCGUUGGGAGAACGGAGUCCCCUCUGAAGGGUCCAAAGUGUCCUCUGUGUCAGGAAAAAGCCUGGAUGCUGUCAGUGCAGAAAGCCCAGACGUUGGGAAGCGCAGAAGUCAGCCUGAGUCAGAGAGAGAGGUGAGCACCAGGAAGAGGAAAUCUGAUAGUGCUGCUGAGAGGACCACAAAGGGUCAAUCCAAAGUCAAGACCAGGAACACCAGGAGUGCUGACUGGUUACCGAGUGGCUCUCCUCGGAAGCUAGAGGAGAGAGGAGCUGGUCCCGGUGGGGAGAGAGGGGCAUUGUCCAGCAGCAGCUCUGACGAUGAGAGUGCAGCACUGGCAGAGAUCCCGGCUGAGGAGAAUGAACGAAGCCGCACCAAAACCAAAGGUUCUCCUUCCAAGAAGUACAACGGGAUGAAGGAGAAGAGCAAAGCUGGUAGGCAGGCUGGCUUCUGGGAGAUUUCAGAAAAGAGGGCUAAAGGGUCUGGGAAUGCCGAAGAAAAGGCUGCCAUUCGACCCAAAGGACAAAAGGAUGUGUGGUCCAGCAUCCAGGCCCAGUGGCCAAAGAAGACACUCAAAGAGUUGUUCUCCGACUCAGACACAGAGGCAGCCAACUCUCCUCCACCUCCUGUACCUUUGUGUAUGGAUGAAUCCAGAGUGGACCAGGAGGCAAGACUUGAGGAUGAAGGCUCAGAGGAGCAGAUGGAGACGGACAAGCUUCAGGAGUUUCCCAGCAGUGGAAGCAACUCUGUGCUCAACACCCCUCCUACAACACCUGAGUCUCCCUCAGGAGGAGGAAGCACAGUGGAGGACUCCAGUCAAGCUCAGCCUCUUUCUCCGCCGCAGACUCUGCCCCCCAUUUUACCUUCAGAACCGGUUUCUGAUGCUCUGCCGGCAGAUCCAAUACAGGAGGAAGCAGCAGGUGGACGCAGUGAGACGGACAGCAGCACCGUGGAGGUGGAGAGCCUGGGUGGCGAGCUGCAAGAGCUCCCACAGGACGACAGGGCAGGUUCCCCCUCAAAGGUUUAUGACGUCAGUCUGUCCUGUAACAGCAGCAGCAGCUUAGAGCUGAGCAGCAGCAGCCAGCAAGACAGUGAACAGAAGUCCAAAGCAUCUGUGAGUCAGAAGAGGCAGAAGGAAUUGCAGGCAAGUGGAGUCUCAAAGAAACACAAGCCUAACCGCAAAAGCCAUGGUGUGCCUCCCAAAAAGAUCAGGAAAACAGCUAACAGCAGUGACAGCGAGGACCAGUCUGUUGUCGAGGGAACGGCCAAAUCGACCGCCUGUAAGAGCGGUACAUCAGACCUGAAGGCUGCCACUUCGCCCAAGUAUCACGGCCGAUCUCCCCCCUCCAGCCAUAAGUACCACAAGCAGGGCGACGCAGAUCACUCCCAACACAGAGACAGCCAUGGAAGAUCGGCGCGGGUGUACAAAUGGAGUUUCCAGAUGUCUGAUCUAGAAAAGAUGAACAGUCUGGAGAGGAUUUCGUUCCUUCAAGAGAAGCUGCAAGACAUCCGGAACCACUAUCUCUCCCUGAAGUCGGAGGUGGCCUCGAUUGACAGGAGACGAAAACGCAUGAAGAAGAAGGAAAGAGAAAGCGCAGUGGCAGCUUCCACCUCCUCCUCUUCCUCUUCUUCACCAUCCUCAAGCUCGCUAACAGCAGCAGUCAUGCUGACACUUGCCGACCCUCCGGUACCAUCUUCAUCCUCCUCAUCUCAGAACUCCGGGGUAUCAGUGGAGUGCAGGUGACAGGACGAAGCAGCAGCAGAAAGAAGCCACUGCACGAAGCACUUAACCAGCACCCCGAGGUCGCCGCCCCCUUUCCUUUUCAGCAGGUCGGUGAGACGAACCUGAUUGGUCCACCGCCACUGCUGGGGCACAAAACCCAGACGAGAAACGAGCACUAUUUUCUACUAACAACUGUUUCCUCGGAAAGCUAUCCGCACUUAAGUGCACUUUUAUGAAGAUUGUGUUUGGCAGGGGGGGAUGAACUUUGUCAAAAAGAUUAUCUAGAUUUCAAUUUUCUCUUUACUUCAUGGAGGUUGUUUUGUUUGUUUUUUUCCAAGCAAUAAUGGUUUCCAUUUGAUCAAGUUGGUAUUGGAUCAUUUCCAGUGACGUAAUCUGCCCUCAAAGCUCAACAUGGCUGCGGCUGUGCUCGCCGCGUUACAGUAGGCUCCGGCAGACGAACCUUGCCACACUGGCAUUAAGGGCAAACAAAAAGUCAUUCUGCCACAUUUCUCUGUCUACGCUCUUCAUGGGAAGUGCUCUGACGUCGCUCUUCUCCCGUGCAGGCUUGCAGUCCUGAGGAAGUAAAUGGAUUUGGUUUCAGCCCAUCUCAUCUCCUCUGAUAACUCCAGUGGAUGAAGAUGGAAUAAUGCUGUAGUGCCUUUUGUUCUUCUUCAAAGGACGGUCUGUUUUUAAAAGAAAAAAAAGACUGAAGGUUGGCUUUCAAGUGAGCGAAGGGCUACAUCUGACGAAUAAUGAUGAAUGCUUUUGUGGUAUUUAAGAAUCUACUAUUGAAUACUCGUCCAUUUUGGGUAUUACUGUUGAGUGUGGCAGUUUAAAAUGUGCAGUUAUGAAACUGGUGAAUGAUCACAUCAUCUACUAUGUUUUUUUUAAAGCCUGUCUGCUUUAAAUCGUCACAUCCUCUAAGUCUACAGCACAGCCUUGUUCAAUGAAGUUGUGAUGUCUGUAACUGGAUCAAACUAACUACAGCUGCAUCCCAAUACAUAAAAAUAUAAUCAAAAUGAAUUUAUUUCAGUUUUUCAAAGAAAGCCCAACUCAUACAGAAUCAUUACACUCCAGGGUAAUAUAUUUCAAAUGUUAAUUGCUAUUAUUUCAGGUGAUUCUGGCUUACAGUUAAUAAAACACCAAAAUUCUGUUUCUUAGAAAUUUGAGUAUUACAUAUGACUAAUAAAAAAAAAUUUUUUUUUUGUACAGAAAUGUUAUGUUGUGACCUACAACAAUCACAGGGAAGACUGCUGACUUGACAGUUGUCCAGCCAAAAGUAAAGACAGCAACCCACAAAAUGUCAUUGCUAAAAAAGCUGGCCGUUCAGUAUUGUAUCCUAACAUAUUGGAACGUUUAGUGGAAGCAAAAAGUGUGUUGAAAAAGGUCUACAAGCAACCAGGUUGGCCGCAGCCUUUGAGGAUUGAAGAUUUUUUUUGUACAGAAAAGUCAACUGACCUAAACAUGUCAAUUUACUGUUCAUUCUGUGCACUCAAUACUUGGUUGGACUCCUUUUGCAUGAAUUACUGUAUCAGUGCAGUGUAGUAUGGAAUUGGUCAACCUGCCUCUCUGCUGAGGUGUGAUGGUGACAUUCAUUUUGUCUGUAUUGUUGUUUCUCUCCUUCUUGACAAUGCUAAUUAGAUUCUCUAUGGGUCAGGCAAGUCUGCUGGCUGGACAAGCACAGUAAUACCAUGGUUAUUUAACGGUACAAUUGGCAAUGGCAUCAGGUUAGAAGUUAUAUGACGCGGCACUCUUGAUCAUCACUGGCUGUGGAAAAGUCAUACUGGACUUUGAGCAACUUUGAGUCUGUGCAUUUGUUAUAUUUUUUUCCUUCCACUAAACUUUCCAUUAAUAUGCUUGAGUACAGAACUAUUGAAGCACUGACUCCAGCUGUAGUCCACACUUUGUGAGUCUCCCCAAAACUCUUGAUUGGGCUUUACUUAAUAAUCUCAGGGGUGCAUUUGUCCCUAUUGCUUAUGCACCUCUUUUUAUCAGUUUCUCCUUCCACUCAACUUUCCAUCAACAUGUUUGAAUCCAGCACUCUAUCAACAACCAGCUUCUUAAGCAACAGCUUCUUGUGUCAGUGACUGACUCAAAAUAACACGUCCAUAACAUUUCUUUGUUAAAAGUCCAUUUUUUGCUGGUCUGCAGGAAAUGUUUUUUUGAGAAACGGAAUAUUAGGUUAUAUUCAUUAUCUGCAAGCCCUAAUCAUCAAAGUGAACAACAAUAAAUGCUUAAAAUGUAUCAUUCUGUGCGUAAUAAAACAAAAUUAUGGGUUUCACCUUUUCAUCAUAAAUUGACAUUUCAAUGAUAUUCUAAUUUAUUGAGAUGCAUGUCAUAUUUAAGUACUGCCUAAAACAUUCAAAACCAGAAUCCUACAUUUGCAGUGUUUUUCAAAAGGAAUUUCUACAUCUAUUCUUUAUAUUUUUGCCACAUUAAGAGUUUUCCGACGUUCCUCCCGAACAAUAACAAUAUGCAGGCCUGUUCUCGUUCUCACCCCUACCAGAACGGUUCCCUGUACUAUGAGCAGAAUAAAGGUAGAGAUAUUGUAAAUGUGCAUUUAUAUCACAAAGUGACGUUCGUGUGAACAUUUUUAAUGACAUCCCUCUGGUGUUUUCCUUUGUAUAAAUCCCCCUGCUGUAUAAUAACCUAAAGUUACAUUUUGUCCAGCACUUGUAUGUAAUUGUAUGCUUUUGUUAUACAUUUGUAUAUUGAGAAGUGUUUUGAGUCGAGCUAUUUAAUAUCUUGCACUGUUAAUAACGUGUACUUUUCUGUACAGACAGUUUUACGGUUUUAAUUGUAGUUUGAGUGUAAAUAUUGAGGGUUACAGCAUGUUUAUACCCCAUUACUUUAUUCUUCCUGGAUUUAAUUUCCUUUAUGUUCCAUUCAGUCUAAAUCCUGAUCGUUCUUUUCUAGUUUUCCUCUUUUGUUAUUUCAUCUCCUCUGUAGUUUGUAUUUUCUUUAGUCUUUCUGUUUGAUUUUGCCUGCUAGAAAAGAAUUAUGGUGUUUGAUGCGGCUGAACUGUUUUCCAACAAAUACACGGCCAGGAGCAUCGCAGAUUAAAACAAAGUGAAGGAGCUUGUCGGAAUAAAACAAAAACAGCUCCGUGGUAUUUAUUAGGCUCAUCUCAUGAUGGUCUUGUGUAAUUUAUUGUAAAAAUGUAAGCAAAGCAGAAGCCUCUGUUUGAAAUAAAUGCCAUAGUUUGUGAA